UUUUCUUAUAAUAAUGAAGUUUUAACUUGCUUUGUUAAUUAGUGGUUGGGUGAAUAAAAAUGUAUUGAAAGCGGGACUACUACAUUGUGAGAGUAAAUUGGCAACAGUGCUAUUUAUUUCAGCUCUGUUUAAAAAGAAAAAAAGGAAUCUCCAUAUAUCUAGCUUUCUCCUGUGUGAGCACUGUACUUUCGCAAGAUACUUCUGGACAUAGUAGAAAGCAUGGACUGUGGUGGGGAGAGAUUGUGGAUUAGUAGACCAGUUAAGAAGUUUUUAAAAGUAGUCUAGACAAGAGAAGAUUCAAAACUCUAAACCAGACAGUGAAAUUUUUAGAGUGAAAUUGUGAUGAAAGAUUGCUUUGAGACUUUUAUGAAGUAGAAUGAAAAGAUUUGAGGAAGAAUUAGAUGUCAGGGGCUUAGGAAGAAGAAAAAAAUGGAUGAUACUGAAAUUAUAAGCAUCAGAGAAUGCAUAGUUAGUGAUGUCAUAAUAUAAAUGAGAGGUCGAAUCUAUAGUCAGGGUAGGCUUGGUUAAGAGUCAGUGAGUAGUUUUGAAAAUGGUAAAUUAAAGGCACCAUCUUUGGGACUCCUGGGGAAAAACACAAAGCAGUUGGAGAAAGCAAUGCAGCAAGUCUUGGAAAACCUUACAGAGCUGCCUUCAUCUACUGGAGCAGAAGAAAUAGACCUAAUUUUCCUCAAGGGAAUUAUGGAGAAUCCUAUCGUAAAAUCACUUGCUAAGGCUCAUGAGAGGCUAGAAGAUUCCAAACUAGAAGCCGUCAGUGACAAUAAUUUGGAAUUAGUCAAUGAAAUUCUUGAAGACAUCACUCCUCUAAUAAAUGUGGAUAAAAAUGUGGCAGAAUUGGUUGGUAUACUCAAAGAGCCUCACUUCCAGUCACUGUUGGAGGCCCAUGAUAUUGUGGCAUCAAAGUGUUAUGAUUCACCUCCAUCAAGCCCAGAAAUGAAUAAUUCUUCUAUCAAUAAUCAGUUAUUACCAGUAGAUGCCAUUCGUAUUCUUGGUAUUCACAAAAGAGCUGGGGAACCAUUGGGUGUGACAUUUAGGGUUGAAAAUAAUGAUCUGGUAAUCGCCCGAAUCCUUCAUGGGGGAAUGAUAGAUCGACAAGGUCUGCUUCAUGUGGGAGAUAUAAUUAAAGAAGUCAAUGGUCAUGAGGUUGGAAACAAUCCAAAGGAAUUACAAGAAUUACUGAAAAAUAUUAGUGGAAGUGUCACCCUAAAAAUCUUACCAAGUUAUAGAGAUACCAUUACUCCUCAGCAGAGUUACAUCAAUAUGGAGAGGCAUCCAGCAGACAUCCAUCAGGUAUUUGUGAAGUGUCAUUUUGAUUACAAUCCAUACAAUGAUAACCUAAUACCUUGCAAAGAAGCAGGAUUGAAGUUUUCCAAAGGAGAAAUUCUUCAGAUUGUAAAUAGAGAAGAUCCAAAUUGGUGGCAGGCUAGCCAUGUAAAAGAGGGAGGAAGCGCUGGUCUCAUUCCAAGCCAGUUCCUGGAAGAGAAGAGAAAGGCAUUUGUUAGAAGAGACUGGGACAAUUCAGGACCUUUUUGUGGAACUAUAAGUAGCAAAAAAAAGAAAAAGAUGAUGUAUCUCACAACCAGAAAUGCAGAAUUUGAUCGUCAUGAAAUCCAGAUAUAUGAAGAGGUAGCCAAAAUGCCUCCCUUCCAGAGAAAAACAUUAGUAUUGAUAGGAGCUCAAGGUGUAGGUCGAAGAAGCUUGAAAAACAGGUUCAUAGUAUUGAAUCCCACUAGAUUUGGAACUACGGUGCCAUUUACUUCACGGAAACCAAGGGAAGAUGAAAAAGACGGCCAGGCAUAUAAGUUUGUGUCACGAUCUGAGAUGGAAGCAGAUAUUAAAGCCGGAAAGUAUUUGGAACAUGGGGAAUAUGAAGGAAAUCUCUAUGGAACCAAAAUUGAUUCUAUUCUUGAGGUUGUCCAAACUGGACGGACUUGCAUUCUGGAUGUCAACCCACAGGCAUUGAAAGUAUUGAGGACAUCAGAGUUCAUGCCCUAUGUGGUCUUUAUUGCUGCUCCAGAGUUAGAGACAUUACGUGCCAUGCACAAAGCUGUGGUGGAUGCAGGAAUCACUACCAAGCUUCUGACGGACUCUGACUUGAAGAAAACAGUGGAUGAAAGUGCACGGAUUCAGAGAGCGUACAAUCACUAUUUUGAUUUGAUCAUCAUAAAUGACAAUUUAGACAAAGCCUUUGAAAAACUACAGACUGCCAUAGAGAAACUGAGAAUGGAACCACAGUGGGUCCCAAUCAGCUGGGUUUACUGAUGAUUCAGUAAGGUUAACAAUGAAAAUUAAACUUUUCAAAAGUGACUGCAACAAAUAAACCUUCUACUGAGAAAAUACAUCACAGAUAGAAGAUAUCUGCCAAGUUCAGGCAUUUUUAUGGUGUAAAUUGAAAUAACAGUACACUGUUCUGAAUUUUUAUAUAAAAUGUGGUUGGGAAGGUGUACUAAUAUAUAAUUUAUCUUAAUUUUUCUAACUUUGUAUGGAUAAUCUUUCUAUUCAUAUCACAUAAAGAAAUGCGUUGAAGCAUUUUGUAUAUGUUUUGAUUUAGUACCCUUGCCUUUUUCAUCAAAGGAAUUUUCAAAUCAUUCACUCUAACAUUGGUCUCACAUUUCACUGUGAUAAUUAAUAUUACUUGAAAUAGUUUUGUAAAGCUGUCAUUUAGUUCAGUAUUCAAAUAGUGAAGGGUUAGUCUUAUCAGAAGAAAAUAGUUACUGACCUUCCUUAUAAAUUUCUUACAAAAGCAGAAUUUUAAUGUCAGUGUUAAUAGCUAGUCUACUACCAUCUAAAUCUGAUAUCAAAAGUCUGAUCAGUUUAUAUAUUUUCAUUAUUUCAGAGAUGUAUGGCUAUCCAUUUUAAUUUAAACAGAUACAUUAGUUUUGUCUCUUCAUUUCUAUCUUUACUGAAAAAUUGAAGAGCAAUACCUUGCACUCUCUUAUGAAGUUAUUCUUUUUAUUUGUUGCAGUGAUAUACUGAUGCUAACUAAUUUAAUAUGUACACAGUAAGCUCUGGGGUUGGAAGCAAGGUCAUGCAGACUGAGAGAGUGCCUUAUCCUAUAAAACCUUACAGCAAAAUGACACUUGAAGAAAGCUUAUUUAUUUUCACAUGUAAAAUUUUAACUGACAAAAGGACCCUACUACUUUAAACAAUGUUUUUAUUAGAACAUGGUCAGCAAAUGUGUCAUGCCUCUGCAAAUUUUUGUUAUGUUUAAAGAUGCCUCUAAGUUUGCAGUUGGAGGUUUUUGUGAAUAAUUAAUGUGCUUUUAGAAAUGUGAUGUGAUCCUGGGGGUGCCUAUUUUGUCUGUUGUGUUGAGAACCAAAUCCAUUGAACAACUUAAAAAAUUUGGAAAUAAUUGUCAGCUAUUUUGUUUACAUACACACAAAAUAUAUACAUUAUAUAAUAUGUAUAUUAUGUAUUAUAUAAUAUAUAUUAAAUGUUUUGUACAUUUUUUACAUAUCUGUUAAGAAAUCUUUUUUUUUUUUGAGAUGGAGUCUCUCUCCAUUGCCCGGGCUGGAGUGCAAUGGUGUGAUCUUGGCUCUCUGCAACCUCCACCUCCUGGGUUCAUGAGAUUCUUGUGCCUCAGCCUCCCAAGUAGCUGGGAUUACAGAUGCGCACCACCGUUCCCGGCUAAUUUUGUAUUUUUAGUAGAGACAGGGUUUCACCAUGUUGGCCAGGCUGGUCUUGAACUCCUGACCUCAAGUGAUCCCCCACCUUGGGCUCCCAAAGUGCUUGGAUUACAGGCAUGAGCCAUUGCGCCUGGACAGAAAAUGUACUUUUUGUUUAAUGAUUGUGGAAAGAAGUUCUUUAGAUGCAUUGACUUAUAUAAAUUCCCACAUACACCUCAGUUAAUAUCUUCCUUUAGGAUUCUUGGAUAAUAGAAAUUCUUUGUAAAACAUAUUCAGAGAUGCAGUUCAUUAUUAAAUUACAGUAACCAUAUUCAAUAUUGUUGCUAGCUUUCCAUUAAACACUAUUCACACUUUAAAGGCUUACUUACUUAAAUAUUGAUGUUUAUCUUUGUCUGGUGUUAGGCGCCAGACAUGUGACUGCUGAAUUUAUUUUUUCCCUCACCAAAAGUUGUCACAUGGAAUGCCAGCUGGGAGGACUUUGAGGGAAAAGAAAAUAUAUGACAAAAAGCAGUAUUCACGCAUUGUUUAAAAUAUUUUUCACAAUAAAAUAAAACACCCAAGUUGUCA